AUAGUGAAAUCCUUAUUGAGACAGUUGAAAAUAAAUGGAAAGCCAGAGCAAGAUUGGAUGCUGCUGAAGACGCUCAGCUGUCUAGAUCAUCGGUUACGUGUGUGAAGAAGGAAGUCAAUAGAUUAGAGAAAAAGUAUAUGAUGGAAUCGGUGAGAAAAAAAAUUGAACAACUGAAACGUGCUGCCGAAGACAGGCUUCAUUUUCUAUUUAAAGCAAUGAAGCAUUUCAUGUUAAAUAAGAAUAUGAAAAUAUACGAUUACUUAGUAGAGGAUAUCGAAUUCGCCAAAGCGGAGUACCACAGAGGAAUAAAUGAACUUGUCAAAACAGCAGUCGAGUUGGAGGAUAAGCGACUUCAUUAUUUAAAAUGUAAGUCAGUCUGA